UUUAUGAGCAGACAUUUCUUAUAUAACUGCAGCGAACCAAUCCUGGAUGUGAAGAUAGCCUUUUGUCAGGGUUUUGGAAAACAAGUGGAUGUGUCAUAUAUUGCCAAGCAUUACAACAUGAGCAAAAGCAAAGUGGAUAACCAGUUCUACAGUGUGGAAGUGGGAGACUCCACCUUCACAGUUUUAAAACGUUACCAGAAUUUAAAGCCCAUCGGCUCCGGGGCUCAGGGAAUUGUCUGUGCGGGUUACGACGCUGUUCUGGACAGAAAUGUAGCCAUCAAGAAGCUGAGCCGACCCUUCCAGAACCAGACCCACGCCAAGAGGGCAUACCGGGAGUUGGUGCUCAUGAAAUGCGUCAAUCACAAAAAUAUCAUCAGUUUACUAAAUGUCUCCACGCCACAGAAAUCAUUAGAGGACUUCCAGGAUGUGUACCUUGCAAUGGAGCUGAUGGAUGCCAACCUGUGCCAGGUGAUACAGAUGGAGCUUGACCAUGAGCGAAUGUCCUACCUGCUCUACCAGAUGCUCUGUGGUAUCAAACAUCUGCACGCAGCUGGCAUUAUUCACAGGGAUCUCAAACCAAGCAAUAUAGUGGUGAAGUCAGACUGCACUUUGAAGAUCCUGGACUUCGGUCUGGCGAGGACCGCGGGCACGAGCUUCAUGAUGACCCCCUAUGUGGUGACUAGAUACUACAGAGCCCCAGAGGUUAUCCUGGGCAUGGGAUACAAAGAGAAUGUGGAUAUAUGGUCGGUGGGGUGCAUUAUGGGAGAAAUGGUUCGCCACAAAAUCCUUUUCCCUGGCCGGGACUACAUCGACCAGUGGAACAAAGUGAUCGAGCAGCUGGGCACGCCCGCAGCAGAGUUCAUGAAGAAGCUUCAGCCCACGGUGAGGAACUACGUGGAGAACCGGCCAAAGUACGCAGGCCUCACCUUCCCCAAGCUGUUCCCCGACUGCCUCUUCCCCGCCGACUCCGAGCACAACAAACUCAAAGCCAGCCAGGCCAGAGACCUGCUGUCUAAGAUGUUGAUCAUCGACCCGGCUAAACGGAUAUCUGUGGACGAGGCCUUACAGCACCCCUACAUCAACGUGUGGUACGACCCGGCUGAGGUGGAGGCGGCCAGAGAUCUCAUCCAAAUAUCCAUGCCUCCACCUGCGAUCUAUGACAAGCAGCUGGAUGAAAGAGAACACUCCAUUGAUGAAUGGAAAGAACUCAUCUACAAAGAGGUGAUGAACUUUGAGGAGAGAACGAAGAAUGGCGUAGUGAAGGGACAACCUUCACCUUCAGGUGCAGCCGUGAACAGCAGCGAGAGCCUCCCUCCCUCCUCCUCCAUCAACGACAUCUCCUCCAUGUCCACCGACCAGACCCUGGCCUCAGACACUGACAGCAGCUUGGAGACCUCCGCAGGACCCCUGGGGUGUUGCAGGUGA